AUGAGAAGGCUCCACAAUCCAGAGCCAAAACCAAAAUGCAAAGCCAAAACCCAGAAUCUCUCUCACGACUCUGAAGAAGAUGACAGCCAAAAAAGAGUCACCAGUGACGAGCCAGCAACAAGCAGAAACGCAGAGUCAAAACCAGAGAGCGAACAUCACGAAAGCAUCAGUCACACUCACGAUGUAAACACCUCUGACAAGCCCGAGAGCCACCGUCAUACUCAGACAGGCAAAAGUCCCUUCAAAUGUGACUUUUGUGGAAAAGCUUUCAGGUUUGCAUCCAGACUGCAGUUACACCGCAGACUCCACACAGGUGAGAAGCCGUUCACCUGCAAAACAUGCGGGAAAGCUUUCAGGCGUAAAUGUGGCCUGGCAAUCCACACGAGGACACACACAGGCGACAGACCGUUUCCAUGCAAACUGUGUGGGAAGAGAUUCCGCCAGAGAUCGGCGCUGAACGAACACACGAAGAACCACAAGGGCGAAAAGCCGAUUUCUUGCAAAACGUGUGGGAAAGACUUCAGACGUCGCGGUGACUUGUGGGUCCACAUGAGAACGCACACAGGUGAGAAGCCAUUCGUUUGUAACACCUGCGGACAGAGAUUCGGCGUGAUCUCCACACUGAAAAGCCACAUGAGAACCCACACGGGGGAGAAGCCGUUUUCGUGCAAGACCUGUGGAAAAGAUUUCAGACAUAAAUGUACCCUGAUGGUCCACGUCAGGACCCACACAG